CGAGGCUGCGAGGCGCGAUAGACGGUGCGACCUUGACGAGCUCUGUUCCAGGCCUUCCCGCCGCAGCUGCUGCGACUGAGUCCCCACGUGCGUGUCCGGGCGCAGGAUGCAGUGACGUCACUCUGUCAGCAAGACCGUCCAAUCAGCGCCUGCAGAGAUGCCGUCCUGCUGCAGGAUCUACGAGCGCUGGUGGUUCAUCACGCUCAUGCUCUGCUCCUUUGGCUUCUUCAAGGAGAUGCGCCCGUCGGAGCCCUACCUCACAGAAAGUCUGACCAAGUACAACAACAUCACCAAAGAGGAG